UACCAAUACCAGGCCAAUGUUGGGGCCAGUUAAACAACCUCGGCAAUUUCUACGUGGGUAAUAUCAGAAAGCUAAUAUCAGUGAUAAAUUAAUUUCAGUAAAACUGUAACUAUUUGGAUUAAUCACAUUAUUACUAAUUUUCGGCUUUUCGGUGGAGCGGCGGCGAUCUUAACGGAAUCCUAAAUCGAGCACAGGAUGCGAACGCGAAUCGAACAUUCGAUGAGAAGAACUAUCCGGUACACUCCUGGGAACGCGAACGCGGAUGCGCGGGUCAGUGGGCUAACUUCCGGCGAGCUGCAGCGAUGCGUCUAAUACGCUGCACAGAGACGCACGGGACCUCGCCUUUACCCCUUUCCCCGCUUUCCAAAUUCCGUAAUGAAUCGACGACCCGCACGGCUACGUCUUUCCGGAAGUUGGCGCGAUAGUUUGUGUCGCAGCGAUCGUUGAUCCGUACCGGUCAAAUAGCAUUUUGAUGAACUCGCGUCGUUCGGCUCCGACCCAGUUCCCAACGCUUUUAUCGCUUGCCAAAUUCAUUAGGUCAACCGAAUUCGCGUCUUUCUAUUCGCCGGUAUUUUUCGACUUUGUUCGGUGCAUCGUAAGUUGUUUAAUAUGAUUUCACCCAUCUCGCUUUCUGUCGCAAUUACAUGAUACUGAGUAUUCACGUUAUAUUAUUAGCGUACAAAUGAAGACAAACAGGUUGGAGUAGAUUUUAGAAUGUGAUUUUAAAUGCAUGAUGAUGACAUUUACUUCGAAAUAGUACUGUUGUGUAGUAACAACUUUAACUUAUAAAUUCAAUUUCGAUUUCCGGCCUUAUUCUGGAAAACGUUUAUUUUCAAAAACUAUUUAAAAAUAAAUAAUAUAUAAUAUAUGUGUGUGUGUGUGUGUGUUUUAAUAUACAUUAUUUCGACCUAAGAAUAAAAAAUAAGAGUUAUAUUUUCCAUCGAAUAGAGAUUUGAGACACCACAAAUAUUAGCUAGUUUAGCGUUGAGCAGUUAAAUAUUAAGAACACCAUGUGUCGGAUCGCACAUGAAGACUAACGACCGGAAACUCCGCGAGAGCGGAUCGCAAUUCCCUCACCGUCGUUCGCCCCGCAUUCAACCGCGGAGCUCGCGAGAUACAUCGAACACAAGCGACGGCAAACGCGUAUUCUUACGAUAGCGAGUCUGGCAUAUCAUCCCUUCGCGGGAUCCUCCCUCGCUCGCGCUCGCCCGGAAAUUCAGUCAGAGUUCAGUCGUGGCGCCGGCGCGGCGCCAGCGAGGGGGAAACGAGGGUGAACUCACGCGCGGGGGCUUUUCUUCGCGCGCGCGGGGGAAACGCGGAGUUUAUUUCACCCGUAAAAUCCCACUCCCGCGGAAGGCCUCGGGAAUGUGCGGCAGCGGGAUGCGAAGGCGCGGUCGUGCAUGGAAGGGUUGAUCAGGUAUAUACCGGGUGAACGAUUUCUACUGGAGAGCUCGCGCGUGAGGACAUGUCAUUACAACCGCCACGUGCUGUUGCGAUCGUGCGGCAGGUGUCGCGGGCUUGUUUCGCGCUCGUGCCAUCAUAUGUACGCGUACGCAUGUGCGCGGAUGCAUACACGCCCGCGUGCGAUACCGCUCGCGUGUACGGGGCGGAAAGAGAAAAAAUGAGCACGAAUUAAACAUGACGAGCGUGCGACGGCCGGUUGAAAUUUUCCCGCCACCCCCGAGUCCCUUCCUCUGCCCCUACUGUCGAAACAGAGAAGCCCGCCCGCAUGUUCCCGGCGCGUACGUCCUCGUCAGUUUCGUGAUGGCAUCCCCGCUCGUGUAAGUCGAAACUCGUGUAAUUAUUCAAGCCGAUACGCUCCGGUGGCGUGCGCCGUGUAAAUCUCAGAAUGUUUGAAAUAGCGUAAGAGUCGCGAGUUAUUAUUAAUGCGCUAUAAAUCUGACGGAAGAAUCGGACGGAUACAAGAGUGAAGGUAAUAACGAUCGACCCACGCGCGGGGUGUUUUUUAUGCCUGUUAAAAUAUAUCUAAUAAUGAUAUUCCAUUUCUCAAGCAUCCAUUACAGUGCAUUAUAAUGUUCGCGUAUGCAUUACGGCCACUUUAUCUCCUAAAUUCCCGUUGUAUCAGUGCGCUGUAGUCCUAAAUAGCUACCGCGCCCAUGAUAACGAAUGGAACUAAUUUAAAUGCGAAAUUAUAAAUCAACCCGGAACAUAUAAAACAAGCGGAUCGCGCGUAACGUAAAGCAUACAUGUAUGAGCACAUACCGAAUAUUCCUUUUGUUUCAUUCGGUUACGCGUGAUUGCAAUUGCACGACAGAUAUACAUAUUUCAGAAAUACAUAUUUUUGCUCGUAACGUCUGCAGCGUACAUACACGUAAUACGUAGUUAAAAGAAUAUAUUUAAAACAAUAUUGGGAAAUCGUGAUCCAAAAAUCUUUAUUGUUGAGAGGGAUACGAGCUGUUACGUAAUUUUCUUUCAUUAAACCGUUUCGAAAAAAUAUUUGAUUGUCUCUUGUAAAAAUAUCAGUCUGCGAGAAAAAUAAUGGUUCAAAAAUAUUAAACUAUUUGCGAUCGCACGCGUAGCAUAACGGGUAUCCACGAAUUCGACCAUCCAGUAUGAUCGAAUCGAGCUAUCGAAAAACGAAUUACACUGCAUCUAGUUUUCAGUAGCAAAAUAUUUGUAGCGUUCUUUUUGGCGUAAAUAGAGGAAAGAGAAAGGAAGAGAGAAAAUUUACUAUGUACUUGAUUAUAUUUUCCUGCUCUAUUGCGUUAUUUAAAUAUAGAUUCUAGGAAUUUAUCUACGAUAUAUAAACUUGCAGAGAUUAUAUAUGUGGAUAAUUUAAAUCAAAUUAAAUAUCUUCUAUUUGCACAACCCACUUUAAAUAUCAUUUUACAUUUUGAAUAUUUCUUAUAAAUUAUGCGGGCACAAUUCGCUCGCGUUUUGCAUUUUAUUUGCAAUUGCUAUUCAUAUACCAAUUGCAAAUCAAUGUGAAAGCUCAUUGGAGAAAUAUUAUUAUGAGAAUUUGCGAAGUAUGAAAAAGGAUCUUUUUGAUAUCUAAUAUCCUUCCCAUUAAUAUCUCUCUUUCUCUCUUCUUUUCUCUAGAUAUGAAAGAAGUAAGAAAAUAUGAAGAAUUCUCUAAUUUUAGACUUGAGGAGAUGUAGACGUUUAUAAAGGAAACGAAAAACGUUACUUUUUGCGCAACAACGUAAGAACGUUUGAUCGGCGAAAAAUUCUGACCGGAUGUCGACUCAGCUCGAUAAAGCGGCGUCGUUAUCGAUAAUUAUCGGAAAACACUUAGGGCUGGUGUCAUGUGUGCUAACCAUACUGCCUGAUUGGCUUGGAACUUCAUUAAUCACCGUCACUGCUUGAUGUAUUAUUCGCUUUUAACGUACAAGACGGGUCCGGUAGCACGUCCGAGGAACUUUACUUGGACACUCGCAUUAUUUGCAACUGGCGCAUGCGAUCCUUUAUAUCACUGACUAAUAAUUUGCAAUGACAAGUCACGGCAAGGUAAGAUUAGGUCACGACAAAACGUAAGAACGAGAGAUCGCGUGUAUAUGAUCUUAUUAUAUUUUCUCACAAUUCACUCCUUGCUCAGACAUAUCAUGGACAUAUUUUACUGUAUUUGUCGUGUUUCCAUUUUUAGACUGCAUCAUCUGUGACAUGACGUAACAUCAGAAAUUCAUCUCACGUGAAUAUUGAUUCUCGUCGUAUCUUGCCAUAGCUCCGGGUUCUAGCAUCUACAAAAAUUCCCCUCGACGUGAUUUAACUUUCAAUGAUAUUGUAUGAACAUUUGUCACAAAUAUUUGUCAGCCCUUCGCCGAGGCUAAUCAAAAACAGUCGACACGUUUCCGCGCGUCGCGUCGUUCCAACACAUUGCGGUUUAAUAUAUAUACCUUCGUAAUUUGCAUAUAAAAUAACUAAUCAGAGCGAAACGAUCGAUACAGCGGUCACUGUUCCGUAACUAAACACUGUAAAUAACUGUUUACUCGCUUGCCUGCAUCGAAUCCUGAAUUGGCAACCGAUGGUCGGGACGACGUCAAUAAUCGUCGCUAUUAUGUACCGCCGACAGGGUGGCGUAACACAAUUUUAUCGUUGCAUUACUUAUAAUGCAUUUUCAGAUCGGUCGAGAUGCCGACGAAGACAAAAGCGAGGAGAGUAACCCGCCGCCAUUCAUCACGCCCCCGCCUCCGAAUCCAGAUUAUAAAGGUCCGAAAGGCGAAAAGGGCGACAAAGGGGAAAAAGGCGAGAGCGUCAGAGGUCCACCGGGCCCUCCGGGACCGCCUGGUCGCGAUGAGGAAUGGCUGAUGAAGAUACCGCAGGGACCACCUGGUCAGAAGGGAGAUCCUGGCACUUGCAUCUGCAACGCCACGGCCUUAAUGUCUUCCUUUACGAUGCCAAAGAUGAUACAAGGGCCGAAGGGCGAGCCGGGAGUACCGGGACAGGAGGGCAAGCAGGGCUUAAUGGGUCUCACGGGUGCGGCAGGACCGCCAGGAGAGAGAGGACUACAAGGUCCGUCCGGUGCGAAGGGUGAUAAGGGUGAUAUUGGGGUACUGGGACCGGAAGGUCCUCAAGGUCAGAAGGGCGAACCGGGUCGGGAUGGGAUUCCCGGGGAAAAGGGCGCGCAAGGUCCGCCGGGGCCACCCGGAAAAGGAGAAUUCUCUGGCUAUGACCCCAGUUGGAAACCCCGAAAUAUUUACAGGACGGAUGGAAUCACGAUGAGGCCAGGGCUACCGGGACAAAAAGGUGAACCAGGUACGUCAGGGAACCCAGGACCUAAAGGCGAAGCCGGAAUAGCCGGCGCUAAGGGUAUCAAGGGCGAGCCCGGGCACAAGGGUGCCAAAGGCGACCACGGGAAGGACGGUCCCAGAGGAAUACAGGGUUUUAAGGGUGAACCUGGCGCUCCCGGUGCACCCGGGUUGCCUGGCGCACCCGGCGAAAACGGACGGCCGGCGGAGAAGGGCGAUAAGGGCGACACGGGACCAGAAGGCAAAUCUGGAUCCCCGGGGCCACCCGGUCCACCGGGUAUCGGCGGUUCUGGUGGAAUAAACGUGGGAGAUUUAGGAUUCGGCACGAAAGGCGACAAGGGCGAUGCCGGUGCGCGCGGGUACAAGGGCGAUAAGGGCACGAAGGGCGAGAAAGGAGAUAAGGGUGAUUCCGGCCCAGCUGGUAUUCCCGGAAUAAACGGCAUUCAAGGACCUCAAGGAGAUAAAGGCGAGCCCGGUAAAGACGGGGUAUCCGGAUUAUCCGGCAUACCUGGUGCUAAGGGCGACAGAGGCGAACGAGGUCCUCCUGGAGCCACUACUAUCGCCAAUUCCGGAGACUAUAUCACCAUCAAAGGUGAAAAGGGUGCUGAGGGAAAGCGAGGCAGGAGGGGACGACCUGGACCACCCGGUCCAGUGGGCCCGCCCGGAAAACCAGGAGUCACGGGAGAAAUCGGCCUGCCAGGAUGGAUGAACACGAUUAAGGGUCGACCUGGGACUCCCGGAAUCCCGGGAAGCAUCGGAGCAAUGGGACCCAAGGGAGAAAAGGGAGAACCCGGCGCGCCAAGCCCUUACGGCGUUUCCGUCGGUAUCAAAGGAGACAAAGGAGACGACGGUUUCCCCGGGAUUCCUGGUCAGUCUGGACGAGACGGCCAGAGAGGACCACCAGGACCACCAGGACCUCCUGGACAACCGUCUCAAGGGAAUUUUAUUCCGGUUCCCGGAUCUCCAGGUCCUCCUGGUCCUCCUGGUCCUCCAGGAAUAUCUUUGAGGGGAGAGAAAGGAGAACCUGGGAUUGGUGGGAUUGGUAGGGUCCACGUUUUUGGAGAGAGAGAUUACUAUGGCACCAGGCAAGGACCCAGAAGUAGCCUGGAUGAAUUAAAAGCCCUACGUGAACUCAAGCAAUUGAAAGAAUUGAAAGAACAAUUAGGUGUCGUCACUGCCGCUACAAGGGGACCUUUAGAAAGUACAACGAAAAUUGUGCCAGGAGCUGUUACGUUCCAAAACACAGAAGCCAUGACAAAGAUGUCUAGCGUCAGUCCAGUUGGAACACUGGCUUACAUUAUAGACGAAGAAGCCUUGCUAGUCAGAGUUAACAAUGGAUGGCAAUACUUAGCACUUGGAACACUUUUGCCUAUUACAACGCCAGCACCACCGACCACGGCACCGCCGCCGGCAAAUCCACCUUUCGAAGCAUCCAACUUGAUUAACCAGAUACCGGUAAAAGCCGAUGGAAUAGGGUGGUAUCCGCGAAUGCUGCGGAUGGCUGCUCUGAACGAGCCGUUUACCGGAGAUAUGCACGGCACUCGAGGAGCUGACUACGCUUGUUAUCGCGAAGCCAGGCGGGCAGGCUUGAGAGGUACCUUCCGUGCUUUCCUGAGCUCUCGAGUGCAAAACGUCGACAGCAUCGUCAGGCUAGGAGAUCGCGAUCUUCCCAUAGUUAACAUAAAGGGUGACGUGCUGUUCAAUUCCUGGAAGGAAAUGUUCAACGGAAACGGAGCGUACUUCUCUCAGAAUCCCAGGAUUUACAGCUUCAACGGGAAGAAUAUCCUUACCGAUUUCGGAUGGCCCGAUAAAGUCGCGUGGCACGGCUCGCACAAGCUCGGCGAUCGCGCGAUGGACACUUACUGCGAUGCCUGGCACUCGAGCAGCUCGGAUCGCUACGGAUUGGGCUCGCCGUUGACCGGUGGUCGGCUCCUGGAACAAGUGCGCUACUCGUGCGACAAUAAAUUCGCUCUGCUCUGCAUCGAAGUGUCGAGCGAGGUGAUAAGGAGACGAAGGAGCAUCAACCAACGACCGAACGACGACGUCGAAAUGACGGAGAACGAUUACAUCGAGUACUUGGAGGAGCUCGUGCAAUAUUGAACCAUCCCCCUCCCCCUCUCUCUUUCUCUACUUUGAUCAUCACCAUUCGCAACAGCGGAAAUCGAGCCGUUGUGCAAAUAGAGACGCAGAUAUGUGCGUGCGUGCUGCGUUUCCUCGCGCGACAGGCAUAUCACCCACGUACGAAUAAUACUGAUAAUAAUAACUCAUAUCGUGAAAUAAUAACGCGCGAGCAUCGCGCCUCAUCGGUCUCGUUCUCGAAAUCGCGAAGCCAUCUCGGAUUCCAGGCGUAUAAAUCGCCCGUAGUUCCGCGAGAUUACUAGCCAGCCAUUCGCUUCAGCCGUCUCAGUUCUCUCUUUCAACCCUUCUUAAAGAUAAAAGGAAAGACUGAUCGUCUAAAUGUUCACUCGUCGGUGUUUUGUCAUACCGAGUACUCGUACCGGAUACUUCUAAGAGCCUGCUCUCGAGAGCUUCGCUCGCCCGAGGCCUCUCGACGAAGUCGCGACAGUUCGUUAAGCGUUUCCCCCUCGAUAAAUGUUCAGAAAUACUUAUAGAUCGUCAUGCGAGAGACACGAAUCCGAAAAAUACGUGCGCGAAUUUUUCAUUCAGACUCGAGCUUUGUAGCGCGCUCCAAACGCGCUGAAAGCGGCUCUGACUGAUUGUACUUCCCAUUCUCUCGUGUAACAUGACGUACGAAAACGUCCACGAUAUGUACUCGGUGAUCUCGACUUCUUCAAAAUUCAAAUGCAGCCGUAUGAUUCUUGCAACUUAGGCGCAUGCGACCUAUCAGUUCAACUACUGUUAAAGGCCUGAAUUCAGAAUCGUGUUAAUCUUAAAAUUGGAAUAUCUAAUUUCUGAUUGAUUAUUCUUUUUAUUCUGAUCGCCUGUUAUAGAUUCCAAACCACGAAGUGAUGAUAUAAUGACGUUACUAUAACGUUAUCUUGUUUUCUGAUGUCACUUUGCUACUUGGGAUAUUUAUAAUAUUUAACACAAUUCAAAAUUUAUAAAUAUGUUUCCUCGGUUAUAUCCUAUUAAGUCCGUAAAAGUUCGUAAGGUAUCAAAUAGAUUAAUCGCCUCAAAACAAUGAGUCAUUUUAUCGAUGCGGGAUCAAACUGUUGCUCGAAAGAUGGCGAAAGGUUAUUGAUAGCGACGGCCAAUACUUUGAUUAAAAUAUCAUAUGCCAUCUCAUUACAAGCAUCUAAUAUUUGUGACUUUAUAAACUUUUGCAAGUACCCAGAUAGCCAAGUCUGCCGAAAGCAGAUGAUGCUAACCAUCUGCUAUCAACUAUUGCCAGCCAAAAGACAACAAAUUUGAUACAGAAGUUGUUAUUAACG